AUGGCUCAACCUCGGCCUCCAGGGCCAGAGAGGAGUAUUACAGCUCGUCCAUUUGAGAGCAAGUUGAGCCAGCAACUUCUGCCAGAAUCGUCCUUCUCGCCGGAGCGCGUGUCCAAAUCACGUUCUCUGUCAGACGCUUCGAGGCCUACAAACAGUAUACAACCAGAAACAGGGGAUCUGAGUCGUCCGCCGAGUAAAGACGACAGUGCGCUCCCCACGUUACCGGUCACACCCAGUCGCUCCGACAGCCUUCACCAUCCCAACCUAUCCUUGAAUCUCCCCUCGAAGGGAUCAGGUUCCCCCUCCAUAUCUCGCGCCCCGCUAUCACCGAAACUCGACUCUUCACAAAUUUAUGGUUCCCCCGGCUCUGUUCUCCCACGACGCUCUCGCGGCCUGGACUUCUCACGCGCGUGUACCAACCUCCACCAUUCUACUCUCGCUGAAUCCUCUCCCGACUCGUCGCCGAUAAUUGGAGGUCGUGGCAUGACAAUACCACAACGACGUGGAUCCAUUGGCUCGACAUCAGUUCCCGUCUUCUCAACCUCAGGUCUGGCGGAUCGCACCGCAAUCUCGAGCUCCGUGUCGUCAAGCGUGAAUAUGAUGGAAUCGGAUACCAGCAGCAGCGAAGACGAUGAUGAUGCAGUGAUGGGUGACCGUGACGACAUCAUGCUCUCCACACCCCAGGCAACACGCAUGGGUAACGGACCGAGUCCCUUCAGUGCGAAUAGCAUUCAAAGCCCCGGGAACGAUUGGAUGGGAGGCUAUUCACAAGCAGCUGCUAGUCUGAUGAGUUUCCAGCGAGCUCGUCUCCACAAAGCAAGGAGCCGGCAUAGUUCCAGCAGCGCAAGUGUUAACAGCUCCAAGCCUAGCCCUGGACCCCACUCUCCUCCCGUCAUGAAGAGCGUGGAGAAUUCAACAGCAGGGUAUUUUGGGCAUCGACCGUCUGUCCAUUCACGACGAGAGAGCUUGAGUUUUGGCACAAAAGACCUUCGCCUGUCAGAUCUAAGUGACGAUGGUGAAGGCCGCGCUGUACGAGCUGGUAGUCCUACUGGUACACCCCAUUCCGAAGGUGGACCAUUGGGAGUCAUCCGGCGUGCGGUCACCAGGCGAGGAAGUUUAUUGCCUAAAACCAAGACCUUUGCUCGCAUUCGUGCAGCGUUGAUGGAAGAAGGCCAACCCAUCGACAGCGAUGUCAAACGCGAGGCUGAAGUAAUUAGACAAGUUCGCGAUACAGAACCUGAGACAUCGCCCAAAAUUGGUACUUUCCCUUCGCUACAGCCAACUGAAACAGUGGAGGAAUCUCCCGGCGAUGAAUCUACACCGGGGAAAUCAAACGCAGACCCGAGUAGUUUCAGCAAACAAGCCAGCCGCAACUCUGGGGGUGUUGAUUUUUGGAACUCAUUUGACGAGCGUUAUCGCACUCCACCGCCAUCCUUGCGCCAGGCCGCCUCCUCUGUCGCAGACGAUGACAUAAUGAUGGAUAUGACCCCGUCUACCACGAUUGGGUCGACGACUGCUGACUCCAAAUCACGCUCCCGCUCCUCGACUCCAUAUGCUUCUGGAAUGACUGUCGUGGGUGAGAUGCGUCGGAAGCGACGGCGGGAGGACGAUUUUGAUCCAAACCUCUUCAAGCGUCGAGCUGUGUCGCCUAGCGUGAGUGCCCAAAGCAGUCCGGUGCUGAACCAUUCCUCCGUUAUUGAUAAUGGACCGAAUAUUUGGGGUCCACCAUCUAAGCUUGGUCCUCCCUUCUCUGAGCGUGGCAGCACCGAGACUGGGAAUCGUACCACACCACAUACUGGCACCACGAAGCGCGUGGGCUUGCAAGGCAUGACUGAAGCCAGUGAUGGAUUUAUGAACAUGAGUAUUGAAUAG